AUGGCCAGUAUCGACGUGAAAGUCGACACCACAAGCAAUCCCUGGGGCGCGAUGGACGAAGGAGACUCACCCUGGAGCGACGUGCCUUCCCGGACGGGAAGUAAUCACGACCUGCCCACGGCAGCAGAAGAGGCCUCUACACCCAGCAAACCAACCGAACCAUCAGUAUCAUUAUCACCUGCAGGCGCCAAACCGGCGCCGAACAAAUCACGAACGCCUCGUCGAUAUGGCAAUCUCGCGCAGUCCACCACUCUCCAGUCCUUAGAUGAUGAUUCUCUCGGGCCUCUGGGUCCACUGGGUGCGGAGCCAGCAGCAGAACUCGCAGCACCAGCGCCGCCAGUCAAAGAGCUAGCCACAAGGACAAAAGCAUCAUCACGACCGAGCACAGCUGCGAGCGCCGGCGAUGCAUCUCUGGGCAGUGACGAUAGCACACUCAACGGCCACGGCCGCGCAUACCAGCAACCACUCCGACAACCUCAACAGCCACCCUCGCUUCCCAUUGAGCAAGCCAGCAAACCGACCUUCUCCAUCACAGUCGGCGAUCCACAUACAGUAGGAAAUGCCACAAACAGCCAUACCGUUUACACGGUGAUAACCCGCACCACCUCAAAAGCCUACAACAACUCCGCCUUCACAGUCACAAGACGAUACCGAGACUUCUUAUGGCUCUACGAGCGCCUUCACGACAACAGCCCAGGCGUAGUCGUGCCACCACCACCGGAGAAGCAGCAAAUAGGCCGGUUCGACACACAAUUCAUCGAAAGCAGACGAAUGGCACUAGAGAGGAUGGUGAACAAAAUCGCCGCACACCCAGUCCUACAGCACGACGGCGACCUCAAAACAUUUCUAGAAAGCGAGGCAUUCAAUGUGGACAUCAAGCACAAAGACCGAGCACGAGACCCGCUACUAGCAGGUGAGAGCAAAGGCUUCAUGAGCAGCAUCGGCAUCUCCUCCGGCUCAGGCGGCAAAUUCAUCGAACACGACGACUGGUUCCACGACCGGCGAAUCUACCUCGAUGCGCUGGAGAUCCAACUCAAGGCCCUACAGAAGAGCACAGAUACGGUGAUGGCGCAACGUAAAGGCUUAUCAGACUCUUGUGGUGACUUCAGCACUAGCUUGCACCAACUCGCUGCCGUCGAACUGUCACCAUCGCUAUCCGGUCCACUAGACGCACUCGGCGACCUCCAGAUCCGGAUCCAGGAACUCUACACCCGCCAAGCAAUGCAAGACAUGCUCACCCUCGGCAUUGUAAUAGACGAAUACAUCCGCCUCAUCGGCAGCAUCAAAAAAGCCUUCGAACAACGCCAAAAAGCCUUCCACUCCUGGCACUCUUCCGAGUCGAAACUCCAAGAUAUCAAGAAGGGGCAUGAGAAAUUAUUACGAGCGGGUCGGACACAGCAGGAUCGGAUCCAGCAGAUGCAGGCGGAUGUUGCGGAGGCGGAGAGGAGGGUGCAUCAGUCGCGGUUGUUGUUUGAGGAUAUGGGGCGGUUGAUGAGGGGGGAGUUGGAGAGGUUUGAGCGGGAGAAGGUGGAGGAUUUCAAGAGUGGGGUGGAGACGUUUUUGGAGAGUGCGGUGGAGGCGCAGAAGGAGCUUAUCGAGUUGUGGGAGACUUAUCUUUAUCAGCUUGAUACGGAUGAGGAUGGGCCGCCUGUCAUGCCGGCUGGGAUUCGAGCGGACGAUGCUGCUGCGCCUAAAGCGGCGGCGGAACAGCAUGAAGAUGAUGCGGCGACGCUUGUCGCUGGCGGUGCGGAGGAAGCGGGGUUUGCUGCUCCUGCUGAGACGACUACUGCUGGUCAUGAUGAGGCGGAAGAGGCAUGA